GCAGCCCAAACGGGUGGAGAGUUUAUUUAUAAUUCCUUGUUUUAUUUUUUUGCUGAGCAGGAGUUGGGUCUGUACGAGGAGUUCAAUAUCAAGGAAACACUAUGGUACUUUGGACGCAUCGCCGGUCUGGCCGACGAGACCAUCGAAGCUCAGACGAAGAGCGUGAUGAAACUCCUGGACCUCCCGACGCACGGUGCCGCCGUCGGCAGCCUCAGUGGUGGCCAACAGAGGCGAGUCUCAUUCGCGGUAGCGUUGCUACAUAGGCCGGCGCUCCUGAUCCUGGACGAGCCCACCGUCGGCGUGGACCCUGUUCUUCGACAGAGCAUCUGGGACCAUCUGAUGGAGAUGGUGACGACCAAGAAGACCACUGUCAUUAUCACCACCCACUACAUCGAGGAGGCCAGAUCGGCACAUGCGAUCGGGCUGAUGCGUAACGGCGUGCUGCUGGCGCAGGCCUCCCCCGAGGACCUGCUCACGCGCUUCCACUGCGACAACCUCGAGGACGUGCUGCUGCUGCUGAGCAGACAGCAGGAGGAGCUCGGCGCCAUCGAGGGCCACGAGGACGAGAGCACCAGCUUCGUGCCGGCGGCGCCCGUCGAGAACGAGAACCUGUACCACGUGACGCCGUCCGAGGGGACCAGCCUCAGCCAGGGCAGCACCAUGUGGUCGCGCUUCUACGCCCUCGUGUGGAGAAACAUCACGUGGCUGAGGCGAAGCAAGUGGGUGAUCGGGAUGCUAGUCAUCCUGUCCGUCGUCCAGUCCUGCACGUUCUGCUGGUCCAUCGGCCGCGACCCGAAGGACCUGCCCAUGACCAUCGUCAACGAGGAGUCCAACUGCACCGAGCCCGGUGACAUCCUGUGGCACGGGCGCUGCGGGAACACCACGCAGAUCUCGUGCAUCUACAUCGAGAUGGUCAGCAAUAAGGACGUCGACUUUGACUGGUACACGGACUACGACGAGGCCCUACAGCAAGUCAAGGACGGGAAGUCCUGGGGCGUCCUGUACUUCCGGCACAAUUUCACCAAGAGCCUCUACGAGCGGAUUGAAAACGGGCGGCAGACCUCAGACGCAGACGUGGAAGCCAGUACGGUGGACAUCACCAUGGACAUGACAGACGCCAUGAUCAGUCAGUUGUUGAAGAAAAAACUGCAGGAUCUCAUGCAGGUGUUCAUCAAGGACAUGUUCUCCGAUUGUGGCUACCCCCGGAUGGCGGGCGCGCUCCCAGUGGAGUUUGAGGAGCCCAUCUACGGAGAGUCCGAUCCCGAGUUCAUCAACUUUGCAUCUCCAGGAAUGAUAUGCAGUUUGGUGUUCAUGCUCGCCGGGAACUCCGCCAUGUGCGCGCUCCUGCCCGAGAAAAGGAACUCCAUCCUGGAGAGGCAGCUCGUCACGGGGGUGAAGCUUAUGGAGGUGCUCUACGCCCACUACGUAGUGCAACUGCUGCUCAUGGCCCUGCAGACCGUCAUCAUCUUCACCAUGAUGUUUGGUGUCUUCCAACUCGACAUCGAAGGCUCCUUCAUGCUCUCGUUUACGCUCAUGUUCGUUCUCGGACUCUCCGGGAUGUGGUUCGGGUUCCUGGUGGCGCUGCACGCUCCGACCGAAUGGGCCGCCUCGCUCAUCGGCAUGGCCCUCAGCUUCGUGUUCAUGUUCGUCGGCAGCGUGUCCUGGCCGUGGGAGGGCAUGCACGAGUCGCUCCGGCACGUGUCGCACGCGCUGCCGCUGACCUACCCCGUGCACGGCCUGCGCGUCAUCAUGGGCCGCGGCUGGGGCCUGGACGAGUGGGACGUGUGGGCGGCCUUCCUCGUCACCACGGGCUGGGUCGCCUUCUUCCUCGUCCUCAGCCACGUCUCCAUCCGCCUGCAGAAGGUGUAGGCCCAGCAAUAGUAGAACCACUAUAGGUCCACGACACCAUUUGUUUUUAUUUGUUCCGUGCCGUUUCUGAACCUUCUGCCGUGAAGGAAGCAGCACGAGUACUUGAAGCAUUGCCGGCAUGCGCGCCUGCGCCGUGGGCCGUAGGCAGCCCACCCGGCCCCGCCCC